CUUCACAUCAAGUACCACUGUCCGUUCAAUCAGUCAGUCCGAUGCCCACACCAAUCCACACACACACACACACACGUGCGUCAGAUAGAGAGAGAGAGAUGUGUGUGGCUGCUGGAUGGCCGUGGUAUGCCAUCCGUCAGACAUAGCCGGCCACACACAUGACCCCCUCCUCGGAUGGGUGUCUGUCUGUCUAUCACACACUUACACACACGACAGCGAAUUAGCUGGAGGGAUGGAGACAUGCACACACGCGAUUGCGGCCUUUCGGGCCACACACGUGAGUCAGUGAGUGAGCCGGCCCAUCCCUUGACCAAAAAUGAGACCACAGCGGAUGAGUAUACCCAGCCCCACCACACAUACACACACGCCAAGAGUAGAAUGGCUGCAAUGGCCGUGGUAGGCCAUCCUCACGCACGCACAAUGGCGAGUUGGAAAAGGGGCAGAGGUAGGCAGACGUGCGCGCGGGAGACGUGAAGACACGGAGCACGGGAACAUGCGAUUAAUGUGUCCAUUGCAUGGAUGUGGCAGUGAGUGAGUGAGUGAAUGGUCGGCCCAUCGGCCGCCCGCAAGCCAUACAUGCUAUCCUCCGUCUGCAUCUAUCUCCCUCCCUCCCCCUCUCCUCACUCACUUGGCCUUGUUGCUUUUUUUCUUGCCCCCCUUGCCCCCCUUGUCUCCCUCGCCCCCCUGCUUCAGCACUAGCUCCAUGCGCAGCAUGUUGAUGAAGCUGUCUUUCCACCCGUCCCCGUCCACAUCACACACAGACGAUACCACACUGUACACCGACCCCACCUUCCUCUCUGCCUCCCGCAGCAAAGCCGUCAGGCCCUUCGAGUGGCUCGGUUCGAAGUCGCCGUCUUCGUCCCAGCCCCACUCGCCCUCAUAGUCAGAAUUGGCGGCCCGGCGUCGCGCCUUGGCUGUCAUGAGCGACUCUGUUGUGAGCUUCAGGUCGAUGCUGGCUGUGGCUGGCUUGAUGGACAUGAGCAGAGACAGCACAGACCGAACACACCCCUUGCUGAUCUCAUACGCAUUCGACACGCGCAACGACUUGACGGCAGGGUAGGCUAGCUUAGGCACCGGCGUGUGAGAUGAGUCGGGCAGCGCACUUGACAUCAGCCACAGGCUGAUGUGCAGCUCAUCUAACUCACGGGCAUGCAGAUACGACACACACUGCGACACGGUGCGGAGGCUCAGUGCCCCGAGCCACACCUCACGCACCUCCGCCAGGCUGCCCAGCAGCUGCUCCAGCCUGGCAGCCUCAGCACCGGUCGGCAGGGCGUUGUUGCGGGCACCGUCGGUUCCAGACCCGCCGCUCGAUGCGUUGAUGUAGAGGUGCUGGAUGUUGGGAAGGUGAGUGUUGCUGCCGCUCUGGUCCUUGGCCACCAGCCACUCGGGGAUGCUGGUGAUGAGCUGACGGACAGGGGUGCUGCCGUCGUUGUGGUGUUGGGGAUGGAUGGAGAGCUUGGUGGCCGCUGGAAAUGUCAGCAGCUGCCCCCACGUGUCGUGCAAAGGGGCGCCGCCGUACACAAACUUGACCUGGAGAGAACACGGGACACAGGGCAGACACGUGGGCAGACGUGAGCCGUGUUCCCAGCCGUGUGCUGCGUGUCUCUCUCUCCCCCUCCCCCUCUCCCUCCCUCCCUCCCUCCCUGCCUGCCUCUUCCCUCCAUCCCUCCCUGCCUCCAAUUGCCUGCCUGCCUCCCUCCCUCUCUCCCUCCCUCACCGCGUCGCAUUCGGUCGUCAGGUCGGUGAUGAGUUGGGCUACAGGUCCGUGCGGGGCCGGAGGUGUAUCGGGUCCCUCCUUGCCGCAGUCGAUGACGAUGUCGUCAUACUGCGGCGGGCUGUCCGUGUCGUAGAUGCUACGCUCGAAAUGGUCGUCGUAACUGCACAAGACACACACAGACACAAACAGAGUGUGUCCGUGUCUGUCUGCGAUUCGUUUGUUGCUGCAUGUCUCAGUCACCGUGGCAUCCACACGAUUUGGCAUUUGGUCUCCUCGGCCCAGGUGAGGAGGUCCUGCAGGGCGAAGUGGUUGGGGCCGCUGCGGUCGGUCAGCUGGCGGCUGAAGUCGGGGCCAAAGGCGAACCGAUGGUGAAUGGUGAUGGUCUUGUCCACGUCUGCACACCACAGAUGACACAUGCAGCAAAGAGCGCCUCCCUGUGUGCUACUAAGCUGCCCAACCCCCCUCCCACCUUUCAUGUGUUCGGUGCGCCAGUUGGUGUCGAGUGCCGCACUGAGGCGGCCCAGCGGGUCGUAGAUGUACUCAACGCGGCUGACACACACGACAGCAGAAAAAGGGAAACAUGACUUGACGCCCUCCCAUCUAUCUUCUCGCCCAGCUCACUUAGGUUCUCUGUAGUCUGUCUCGGGCGGAACGAGAUGGAGGCCGCUGAUGCUCGUGAGCUUGGGGCAACCACUCAACGAACUGACAUCCACACACACAGACACACACACACAUCAAGAGGGAAGAAAACAUUUGUGUGUGUGAUGAGAUUGUCUUGUCGUCCACUUGUGUCUACCUGGUGAAUGCCUGCCACUCGUCCCCCUCGGUGACAUCGAUGACAUCGGCCUUGAUGGACGUGAUCUCGGCCGAUGAGGUCGACACGAUGUGGGUGACGGCCGGCAGGUGUGAGAUGCGCUUGCUGCAGCUGAGUGACUCGUCACACACCUUGCCCACACUCAGCACCUCCAAACUCGGAAACACCCACUUGCGAUCCCUGACACGACACACAACACACAACAGACAACACACAACGCCACACACAACACACGUUUGCGUCUCUGCCGCCACCGCUCCCCGCCCCUUUUGUCCUUACUUGACUAGGUCUAGGUGGCGUGUGUCGGUGAUGUGUAGCUGCCGGGGCUUCUCAAACACCACUGGCUCCUUACCCUCUCCCUCCCCCGGCCCCUCCCUAUUGCCGUGUCUGUUGGGGCCAUAGCAUACACGCCUCGGGUCGUCGACACCAAUGUGGAUGAGCGUGGCCUUGGACGCCUCGAUGCACUCCACUGCAGACGGCAGCACAUCAUUGUGGCAGUCGGUCUCGAUGAACGCCGUCUUGAUCUUACUCUGACCCACACAGACACACGCGAGAUACACAUCCAUCUGCCCACCAUGCCCACCCCACCCCCUCACCGACCCACCAGUCGUGUUUUGAGUGUGUCGGUGGGUUUGAUCUUCUUCCAGUAGUCGUACUCCUUUUUUGAGAUGGUGAGGUCACGGUAGAGGACGCCGUAGGUGGCGUCGGUGGUCUUCUUGUGCAGCUGCUGGCACACGAGCGAGAGCGGCUUGCGCUCGAUGGUGGUGAGGAAGUCGCCGACUUCAUAGACGGUCUCGGCCUCGAGGUGAGCCAAACCAACGCCAGCAACCUUAUCCUGGCACAAGAACGAGAACUCAUCUCCACGGAGGGCAGAUGGACGGCUGUUGUUUGGUGGAUCAUGUUCGCUCACCGAUUUGUUUGCCAUGUCGACAUCCUCCUCUCCCACCCGCGGCUGCUUGGCCUUUGCGUUGGCCUCAACACGCGACAUCUGAUCUGCAUAUGCACACACAGAGAGGCCAUCGAUGGGACCGGACCGUGCCACCAAAUGGAUGGAUGGAUGGAUGGAUGGACCGGAUGGAUGUGAUGAGGUAUCGCUCUCACCGUACCUACCUUACAAAUGCACAGACACACGAGAUUUUG